AACUGCCAAGUCACACCCCUGCACAAGACUUUGCUUCCUAACAAGCAUCGAACAGUUCCUCACGUCGAGUAGCUGAGAUGGAGCUGCUGGGAAUCACUACUCCUGUUUUUAUUAUUUUUGUCAUUUGCCUGGUUUUCCUUUGGGCGUGGAAAGAAGGUCGCAAACGGGGACGGCUACCACCGGGCCCAACUCCCCUUCCCAUCAUUGGGAAUCUGAUGCAGCUAAACCUGAAGGACAUCCCUGCAUCUCUCUGCAAGUUAGCCAAAGAGUACGGCCCUGUUUACACGUUGUAUGUUGGACCCACGCCCACUGUGGUCUUACAUGGAUAUGAGGCGGUGAAGGAAGCUCUCAUCGAUCAGGGUGAUGAAUUCCUUGGCAGAGGACCUAUUCCAAUUAUUUCAGAAUUCCAAAAAGGACACGGAAUCCUUUUCAGUAAUGGAGAGACGUGGAAGCAAAUGCGACGCUUCUCCCUCAUGACCCUGAGGAACUUCGGGAUGGGGAAGAGGAGCAUCGAGGAGAGGGUCCAGGAGGAAGCCCAGUACCUGGUGGAGGAGCUCAGAAAAACAGAGGCUCAGCCCUUUGACCCUACUUUCAUCCUUUCACUUGCUCCCUGCAAUGUCAUCUGCUCCACCCUCUUCAACGAGCGUUUCCAGUAUGACGAUGAGAAGUUACUUUACCUGAUGAGUUUGUUAAAUGAAAAUUCUAAGAAAUUAAGCUCUCCAUGGAUCCAGAUGUACAAUCUGUGGCCAAAACUCAUAAAGCAUCUCCCUGGAGAGCACAGAUCAUUUUCCAAAAGGAUGACAAAUGUUAAAAAUUUCAUUCUGAAAAAAGUGAAGGAGCAUCAGGAGUCCCUGGAUCAGAAUAACCCUCGAGACUACAUCGAUUGUUUCCUCAGCAAGAUGGAGCAGGAGAAACACAACCCCAUGUCUGAAUUUGACUUGGAGAACUUGGCAAUCUGUGGAUCCAACUUGUUUGUGGCAGGAACAGAGACCACCAGUUCCACCAUGAGAUACGGGCUCCUGCUCCUCAUGAAACAUCCAGAGGUGGAAGCCAAAGUUCAUGAAGAAAUUGACAGUGUGAUUGGACGAAACCAGAAGCCCUCCUUGAAGGACAAGAUGAAGAUGCCUUACACAGAGGCUGUGUUGAAUGAGAUACAAAGAUACAUCUCCCUCCUUCCUUCUAAUUUACCACAUGCCGUGACUAAGGACACGAAAUUCAGACAAUAUGUCAUCCCCAAGGGCACCACGGUAUUGCCAUUAUUGUCUUCCGUCUUGUUGGACUGCAAGGAGUUCCCCAAUCCAGAGAAGUUUGACCCAGGCCAUUUUUUGGAUAAAAAUGGCAGGCUCAGGAAAACAGAUUACUUCAUACCCUUUUCCCUUGGAAAACGGGCCUGUGUUGGCGAGGGCCUGGCCCGCGUGGAGCUGUUCCUCUUCCUCACCACCAUUCUGCAAAACUUUUCCCUGAAGCCCCUGGUGGAGCCCAGGGAACUAGAGGCCAAACCCCUGGUUACUGGGCUUCUCAACGUUCCCCCACCUUUCAAGCUGCGCCUUCUUCCUAGAUGA